AUGAAGAGUCAAGAUACUACCUCCCGAGUGAGUAAGGGAGAGAAAGCCAAACAAUUUAGAGACUGUCAAGUUUCUGAAGCUGCUGAGGGAGAGACUUCUAGUACAGCAACUUCAGAAACUUCAGGCUGGAUUGAAGAGAUUGACAAUAAAAAUGAAGAAGGACGAGAAAUAAAGAUCAACAACUGUUUGAUUGUUGAUAGUGAAGAGCUUGAGAUAAGCAGCAAACUUGUGAUGAGUGAUGUAGAGAAAAUGAGUGAUGAAGAGAAAAUGAGUGACAAAGAGAAAGAGCUAGCAAUGAGCAAAGAAGAUCUUGUUACUCCAAGAAGCAAGAAAGAAAAUAUGAAGAAAUUUGAAGUCGGAAAGUUGUUUCAUGUGAAGAAGUGGACCCGAUCGGAACUGUUUAACUCUGAGAGAGAGUAUUGCUUGAGAAAGAUGAGAGCAAAUGUCUGUGAUGGGCAUGAUGAAAACCUUUUUGUGAUUGAAGGAUGGAGUGAUUCCAAACAUGACAAGGAUGGAAUGCAACAAAGCAUCAAUGGAUGGUCGACAUUUAUCAACAGAGAACCUGUUAGCCACAGAAGCAAGAUGAUGCCAAUCGUGGCUCUUUCCAUGACGGAAGUUGAACUCUUUUCAGCAGUACAGUGUGCCCAAGAAAUGCUGUCAGAGAUGCAAACUCUCAAUUCAUUGAAUAAAGGGAGAGUACAACUGCCAAUGAGACUCUAUGUUGACAACAAAGCAGCAUAUGAUAUGUGUAAUAAUUGGACAGUAUGGAGACAAACUCGAUACAUCGAGAUGCAACAAAAUUUCAUGGGAGAAUUGAAAGAACAAGGAUUGAUUGAAGUGGAGCAAUUGUGGGAAAGUCGAAGAGAUCAGAUGGGCGAUCUCUUCAGAAAGAAACCUACAAAGCCUACAUUCGAAAAGUAUUGA